UUUUGGAGAUAAAGCAUUGUGAAGCUCAACACACUGAGCUGAGGAAAUCAAGCAUAAUUUCUUCUUUGGGUUGAACACCGUCAAAUGGGAUUAAAGAACGGCUCCACCUCUUACGCUUUGGGUCGUCGUUAGAAGUGUAGGAUUAUCCACGGUGUACUUGCGUUACUUGGAACAUGAUCCCGCAUGUUUGGUGGAAGUGUUGCUGAGAGGAUUUCUUUUCCUUAAAAGAUGAUAAAGAGAAGCAGUGAAUCGUGAGUGAUUGUAAUUAUUCGCACCACUUCGCAAAUGAAAAAAUUGCCGAGAGAGAAGGCCGGCGCCAUUUAACUCCUUCAAGCAAAUUAAUGUCAAGCAAUCUGUGUACAAAAAUACAAAAUAUUUUGUAUAACGCACACGUGUGGUGCGCUGAUUAAUUGGGGUUCAUGCAGUGGCCGUGCAUAAAUAUGGUUUAAUUUGAAAACACAGUUUGGUCGAGUGCAUUGUCGAGUGACUAUAUACCAAGAGAAGAAUGGCAAAUGAAACUCUCGACAGAAAACAAGCGACUGUGGGAAACAUAUACUGUUCUCUAUCGCAAACUCUAAUCCAGGACAUACGACCUCAGUUAACGUUUUUGUCAACUUUCAACAUUUUUCUGUCCAUUACGGCCUUUCUUGGAAACGUUGUAAUUCUCGAUGCACUUCGCAAAGAGUCUUCCAUUCGUCCACCAUCAAAGCUCUUCUUUCGCUGCCUUGCAACGACUGAUAUUUGUGUUGGUGUCAUAAUAGGGCCUCUGGUUGUCUUUCACUGGAUUUCCAUAAUGAAAGAUCGAUGGAUUUAUUGUCGCUUUCUAGUUGCCAUAGUUUUUGUUAUUGGCAGUAUCCUAACACAAGUCUCCCUUUUAACUUCAACUGCAAUAGGGGUUGACAGACUUCUUGCCCUUUUGUUGCGUUUGAGAUAUAACCGAGAGGUGACUUUGAAGCGGGUGUAUGCGGUUUUAACUGCCUUUUGGAUCAUAUCCAUUAUUUUUGGGGUGAUGUCCUCAAUAAACUUUCGGGCGUAUUUGUGGUUCGCCUAUACGGUCAUAUCAGUUUGUUUAGUAACCGCUCUUUUUACUUACACCAAGAUAUUCCGUACUCUUCGUCAUCAUCAGAACCAGACACUCAGCGCGUUUCGUCAAAUGACUCCGCUCACCUUGGCACGCUACAGAAACGCAGUGUCCAGCGCAUUAUGUGUGCAGCUGACAAUGGUUGUGUGUUACUUACCGUAUGCUGUUGCUGGAGUAGUGUCACAAGUUUUACAGGAUCCUGGUGAACCUGCAACGUCAUCAGUUUUUCUAAUGAAAGUAUAUACAGUGACUUUAGUUUACUUAAACUCGUCCUUAAAUCCAAUUCUUUACUGUUGGAAGAUUGCAUCAGUGAGAGAUGCAGUGAAAGCCAGAGUUAAAAAAGUACUUUGUCGCUUUAAGUUUAAAAUUAACUCAGUCUCGUACGAUUAAAAGGAAUACAGUUAGCUGCCGCCUUUUAAUUUUUUAAUUUUAUUUCUAAGUCAAAACGCGUUUCCGAUUUGAAGUA